CUUCCCGCGGGCCGGCGCCAAAAGCGAAACAUCGGGGGGCACGCGAGCGUGGCGUCCGAGAGCGGCCGAGUUUGUGGAAAGUUAACAGCGGCGAGUAAAAGUGAGAAGGGUCCGCGGCUAUCGACGGCCACGCGAGGGGCGCCCCGGCCGCCAGCAGUGCCCGCGCGGCCAUGCAGCAUGCUGGCCAGCUUCCUCGGCUGUCUGCGCUGCCGCAGGGGCGAGGUGGUGCGAGUCGCCGACGGCGCAGCUGCCACUCCCAGGGAGUAUCGCUACACUUACAGGCGCCGCUCCUGGCCGUACAGUCCCGAAAAGCUCGCUUCCAGAGCUGCCGGAGCGGCGGAAGAGAAGCAUCAGCGAAACGAAGAGGAUCGUCUGUCUUCUGGAGACGGUGCUGAAGACGCGACAGGAGACGGUAAUGGAGAUCGUCAUAAUGAUUGCGCCAGCCCUGAAGAAGUUCGUGACGGGGAAUUUCCCGAUCGAGACAUACAGCGCAGUGCCACUGCUGAUAACACCGAUCUACUUGGCGCAGCCAAUAUUGCUCAGAGCUCAGCCGCCAAGACUGACUCCAACGGUGCGAGUUCGCUCAGCAGUGCACCUACCACGUUUACCGAAGUGUCUCUGCGAGGCGCGAGGUCUCGGAGGCAAACGGCUACUCGACGAACGGACCGACAGCCGGGUGUGCCUGCCGAAGACUUGCAGAAUUCUGUUAAACGAGACACAGACGGCGACACGUCGUCUGUGUCUUCACAGUCGACGAGGACGUCCGUUGAAAGGGAAAGCGACGAUGCGGCUGCGGAGCCACUCUUCGACAGAAUAGGAGUCGCUGAACCACCACGAGUCCCCGUCGCUGCUCCAAGUGAUGGUACUAGUGGAUGGUUGUGUUGCUGCCACGGAAAGCCGAAGGCUACGAACCGUCGACCGGCACUGACACCGAAAAAGAGGUCUCGACUGCAUACAGUUCGAACACAGACGACGGAUGUUCUGAAAACAAGUGUAGACGGGUGCAGUGCGAUUUCAGUGAGCGAUGUCUCUGACGGCGUUUCGCCUAGUGCUCUUCCGACAGAAGAAGAACUGGGUGCCAAAGCUAUACAGGACAGUAUUUGCCACAGUAGUGACAGCCUAGAAGAUUACGGCCAACCGAUAACGACCUCAACGCCCCACAAGAACGCCGACCUCCGUGACAAAUCUCGUUUCCCAGAGAGCGGGCGUCGACCCAGGAGACCGCGACAGGAAAUUCCUUCCUCGGACUCGCGCUGUAGAAGUACGAAAAGCGAAAGGACUGAGGAAAGUAUAGCCUCGGUGUUCCCGUCGUGUCCAGCCGAGAACGUGGUUUUCUCCAGUUCCGUCCAAAGGAAGCGAAUGUUGCGGGAGAGCGACGGCGCGAACCGGCUGGCCGGGGAUAAUGACGGGGGAUUCAUGAGCGGCGAAGUGUUGCUGGACAGCCGCGUCGUCGCGGUGAGGGAGACCGCCGUGACAGGACCGGAGGGCGGUGGUCGCGGCGCGCGGUCGCUGUUGCUGUGCUGUGGCGGACGCAGCGCCGAACGAAAGAAAUCGCCGCCCAGGCGGAAACUCCGCGUCGUGCUCCGGCAGCGCCGCAGGAAGAGCGCGCCGCGCCACCACAUGGAGCAGCACUGCUCUGACGUCACCGAUAGGCCGUCCCUCAAGGUGCACAACUACCGGUACGGCCGGCUGAACGUGCUCCGGUGGCUGCUGUGGGAGGCGGAGAUGCCCGCGCUGGAGCGCAGCGCCAACGGCGCGCUGGCCCUGCACUACGCCGCCGCCAGGGGAUGUCUGGACUGCGUGCGCCUACUCGUCGAGUCCUCCAACGAGCUCAGCGCCAACACGCAGAUGGACAACGACGUGACGCCGGUGUACCUGGCGGCGCAGGAGGGCCACCUGGAUGUGCUGCGCUACCUGGUGACGCAGGCGGGCGGCUCGCUCUACGUCAGGGCCAAGGACGGCAUGGCGCCCGUGCACGCCGCCGCUCAGAUGGGUUGCCUGCCCUGCCUCAAGUGGAUGGUGCAGGAGCAGGGCGUGGACGCCAACCUGCGAGACGGCGACGGCGCGACGCCGCUGCACUUCGCGGCGAGCCGCGGCCACGCCGACACCGUGCGCUGGCUGCUGCGCCACGGCGCCAAGCUCACGCUCGACCGCUACGGCAAGAGCCCCAUCAACGACGCCGCCGACAACCACCAGAUGGAGUGCCUGAACAUCCUGGUGCAGCACGGCGCCACGCCAGACUACCACGAGGAGACGACGGCCCGCACCAACGGCAAGGUGCGACCUGCGGCGUGCUGCCGCGACCCAGACCCCUGCUGCGCGUGCUCGGACUGCGGGACCCGCGAGCCGUUCUACCUGCACCCUCCCGGCGCCGCCUCCGGCGCGCCCCCGCACCGCUCGCCCAGCGGCGGCAGCACGGGCAGCGGGGGCAGCGCCGCCUCCUCGUCGUCGGUCGGGGUGACGGCGCCGGCGCCGCCACCGCAGCAGGACGGGCUGUACGUGAGCCCGCUGGUGGCCGCCCCCGCCCCCGCCCACGCCGCCGCCGCCGCCGCCCCCGCGCCCGCCAGUAGUCGCGCCAGCACCUGCAGCUCCAGCUCGGCCGGCAGCGAUCCCUUCUACCUGCACGACCCGCGCGGCGUACCCCACACGCGCGUCAAGGACCUCUUCCAAGAGCAGCAGCAACAGCACGUACAGCCUCCACCCGUCGGAGUCACAGUGCGCGUGGAGGUGCACCAGAGCAGCAGCUCGGGCGCCGGCUCCGACGAGAACCUCAGCGACGUGAGCAGCGAGCCGCCCACCGCCCCCGUGUCCGCCGCGGGGCCCGUCAGCGCCGCCCACGCGCACGCGCCGCCCUCCGUGGCCGGCGACCACGACCACGACCACGACUACGAGGACAUCAACCUGGUGCACGACCACGCCAACAACAAGGAUGCAGACUCGCUCGCGCAGACUUCGCGCGCGCCGUCCAUGGCGCCUUCUACAGAGUCGGGCGUGUCGAGCGCCUCGCCGUCGGAGCUGGGCCACUCGGAGAGCGACGACGCCGAAGCCUCCCGCGCCGCACAGGAGGCCGUGGCCGCCGCCAACGCCAGGAACACGCUGCCGCACCGGCCCAGCAGCGGCUCCUCCAGGGCCCUGAAGCGAGUGGUGUCGGAGCCCGCACAGCUGUCUCCGCCGCCUCCGCCCCCACCGCCUCCAAUCGCCGCCCCCGACAUGGACGCCCCAAAAGCCGCCCCUGCCCAGACUGACGCCUCCCCGCAAGCAGACUCCAGCAAGUCACGCCAGCAGGAGGCCGUUCCAGCUCCGGAGGCAGCCGCCCCCGCGGAAGAGCCGCCGGCCAAGGCGGACACCGUCGUCCUGGAGGAGCCGUCGCUGAGGCCGUCCGAGGUCCGCAAGACCAACAGGUCGCCUUCCAUCGCGUCCACCUCAUCAGCGGCCAGCAGCGCCAGUGGAGGGGGCGCCACCCCUCCGGCCUCGACGACGCCCGCUCCGGCAGCCGCCGUCACUCCGGAUCCGCAGCCCGAGCCCGAAGGCCGCUCGGGACCCAACCUGGUCAACAAGCAGAUGGUCCUGCCCUUCAUCCCGCCCAGGUUUCCCAGCGGGGCCGGAGACUCGGACGCGCUCAUCAAGCCUUCGGAGUACCUGCGCAGCCUAGGCGGCAAGCCGACCCCGGUGGCGGGCAUAGGCGUCAAGACGGAGUCCUCCGCGCAGCAGUCGACGGUGGCGGCGCCGGCCGAGCGCGAAACAUCGCCACCGCCAGCGGCUGCGACCGCCCCCUCCCCCGCCGCCGCAGCGCCAGAAUCCCCGGCGGCGCCCGCAGAGGCGCCGGCGCCACCCCCGCCGCCCCCACCCGCUCUCUGCGCGCCCACCACCAACGGCAGCGCCGACGACGAGCCGACGACCCCCACCGGCGGCGAGGAAGGGGGCAACGGGACCCAGAGCCGCAAGACGCUGCCGCCGCAGCCACUGGGCGCCAUCAGCAUACAGGAGCUCAACAGCGUGCAGCUGCGACGCACAGAGAAACAGCCCGCCACUAAGACCAUGUCGGCGCCCCCGGCCAAGAACAACAUCCUCUCGCCGGAACAACCGUUCCUGGCGCAGAAGGAGGACCUGAUUGCCGAACUGAAGGCGUCCAAGGACAUCCCUGGAAUCAAGAAGCUGAAGGUACAGCGAGCUAAAGUGGAGGAGCUGCAGGAGAAAGAGCUGCUGAACGAACUGUCUCGCACGCUGACCGCCAGCACGCUCAUGGAGAAGGUACGUGGCGGGCAGCCACACGCGGUCGGCGGCGCCAGCCGUGCAAUCCCGGACAAGGACGCAACGGGCAACCCGAUCCCCGAGUGGAAGCGGCAGAUGAUGGCGAAGAAGGCGGCGGAGCGCGCGCGCAAGGAGAUGGAGGAGCAGCUGGCGCGCCAGGCCGAGGAAAAGAGGCUGCAGGCCAUCCCAGCCUGGAAGCGGCAGCUGCUCGCCAAGAAGGACGACUCCAAAUCGACUCUGAGCCGCGGCCCAGAGGAGAAGCGAGCCAGCAAGACGGACGAGCGGCUGCAGGCGGCCCCUGGCGGCCCUACACCCGUGGACAGCAGCAACAAGGAGAACAAGACGCCGCCCCCUGAGUCGAGGCCCGACCCGGGCACCGAAGAGGACGACGAACAGCCGGCGCCCAUCAUGCCGUGGCGCGCGCAGCUGCGGAAGACCAACAGCAAGCUCAGCCUCAUAGACUGAGCGACUUCCCCCCCCCCCCCCCCCAUGUGCUACUCAGAUGUGACUGCUCUCCCGCUUUGGACGAUUGUUCGUGUAUAGUUGGAUUCACCCACGUCCGUCAGCAGCAUAGUGUAAAGAAAAGGGACCGUGUGAUAAGAUAAUUAUACAAAAGAUUUCGAUAAGGGACAUCUUCGAGCAUAAUAAAUAAACCGUGAGGAUCUUCGGUGAUAUUUAUGAACACUAUACAGAGGUAUGUUCUGUAUACCCUCUGAUGUUUAUUGUAUGGACUAUAUUGUAUUUAUUACUGUAUGCUGGUGUGAGUAUAGCUGAGUUUCUACUUCGUCUCAUGCUAGAUUUUAUUGAUAACGAGAACAGUUCAGGUUAUUUUCAAUUUCUCCGAUUUUGUUAAACAGUGUUUCAUUUUAACCGUAGGUAUAAUAAACAGAUAAUCAGAAAUUUCUUACAAUGAAGCUAACACACCUUGUUGGAAUUUAUUUCAGUACUAACAUAAAUUUAUGCAUCAUAUUAAUUAUACAGUCUAUGUAUUGUUCUAUCCAUUGUUACUAUAUUGUGCAUAGUUUAAGUAAAUAAAAGAAACAAAUUGCGUUAUUAUUGAAGAGAUCCAGCACAUUAAUUCUGCUGAAAUGCUGUGACUAUACCAUUCCAAGAUUAUUUAUGUGCCUUAUACUACCUUAUAAGAAUAGUUACUCCGUACUUUGUUAGUUAAUUCGUUAAUGUAUGAGUUCUUUAUUCAGUAUAAAUGUACAAAAAUAUUUCGUACAUUUAAAGUUUUCACAUGCAUUUAUCAGAAUGGCAGUGGUCUAGGCUCUUACACAUAAGACUUUAUGGGAUUGUGUACUAUUUCAAAUGACUCGUAAAUAGAAUCUCUAACUUUUACCCAUAAUAAUAAUAAUAAUAAUGACACUUGGAUGUGAGAGUAUUAGAUCUCACAUCAGCUCCAAUCAUACCUCUACAAUUAUUUAUUACACACUACCACUGACAGAUUUUCUGAAGUCUAGUGUUCUGCAAUAAACUGUAAGAGGAUUCUGUGCAUGCUUCAGUAAGUCUGUUUCUUUCUAACACAUAUCUGAAGUAUAAUUUAAGCAGUUUUCUUAGAAACAUUCUCAUUUUGGUUUCUGUUAUAGUUGUUCAACAUAUGAACAUGAUCAUAAAAUAUAUCAUUUACUUGCAAGUUAUAUGUGAUACUAUGUUAUGUUUGGGUGAUGGUGAAAAAGAAAUGAGGCAAAUGUAUGUGAGCAGUAUACAUGGGAACUAACUGAUAUAAAGUGUAAAUUUUCGUUGUUCAGCCUAGUAACUUGUAAAAUUUCUGUAUAUUUUUGUUGUAUUGUUAUAAAAUAAAUCUUUGCUGCAUGAAAGACA